CCUUACACGUCAUUUUUCAUUGUCAAACCCGAGAAAGUUGAUUUCAAAUGUUGUUUGUUUGUAAUUAGGGCGCGCAAUUCAUUUUUCCAGCUGAUGGAUAAAACCAAAUCGUCGGUCAUCAAAACGAACCCGAAGCCUGUGAGCGUCUUUUACGUGUGGUACUCUGAACUGUGCAGACGGCUGAACAUACACCCCUCACCUUUCGUUAAACCCGCAAAACCGAAGUCUCAGACCGUCCUAGACUUCACAGCGGAUCGCCUAAAAGUCGAAGACUGGAAUCCGAUCAUUAACGCGUUAAGACAAGAUACCAGUCUUCACGUAAUCGCCAUACGAAGUCGGAUCUCCAAUUGUGAAUUUUUACAUGAGAUCGACACGGAAGAAAAGGCGAGGAAAAUGAAACGAAAAUACGGCAGCAUUUGGACCGCCUACGUUUUAAAACAACUACUGAGAUCGGUGUCGUACACACUGAAGAACACUAUGGUGCUCACUUACUUGGAACUGGACGGUUUGCCGCUAUUCAUGCCGUAUCUGGAGCAGCUGCUGCAGGCGUUGAAAAAAAAUCAAACCUUAAAGAACUUCUCGCUUUCCAACUGCUUCAUUCAAGAUUCCGGCUGCAGCAUGGUCUGCUCAUAUCUGCGUUUCACGCCCAAUAUUGAAGUGCUAAAUUUAUCCGGCUGCCACUUAACUCCGGCCAGUGGCGAAAGUAUCUCGAAGCUGAUAAAAUAUCAACAAAUCAACAGAUACUGCGAGAGUUGGCAGAAUUCGUUGAGAUACGAGAAUCCGGAUUCCGGAAAAAUGCGUGGCCUGAAAAGGAUCACCCUUAAUUCGAAUCCUUCGUUUGAUGACGCCGGGUUGAAUUUUAUCCUGAACGAACUAGAAGACGAUUUAUGGAUCAAGGCUUUGGAUUUGCAAAAAUGCGGUUUGACCGAAAACAUCUCGCCGAGAGUUUUGGACGUGGUCGAAUCGAACGGCACGUUGGAGAUAUUCGACGUCAGACAAAACGAUCUGCUGAACAUUUCAACGAUGGAUAGGAUCCUGCAACUGCUCAAACAACGACAACGGCUUGGUUUUCAACCGGAAUUUCAGUGGUGUAGUACCGCUGUCGCUUUAACAUGGACUUCCGUCCAUUCGACCGUUUCGAAGUCAACAGUCCCUCCGGCUCGUGAUGUGUAUAAAACAAAAUCGGCGCCGAUGAAAAACUCGUCUACAUUCGCAGACGGAUCUAAAGUCCUGACCGUGAGGAAGACCAGAACGGUCGACCGCAUACCGAAUGGAGAUCCCGCGGGAUUCGCAUCGUUGAGUAACACCAAACAACAACUACAGGAAUUGAAUGAGAAGCUGAAUAGGGAAAUCAAAAAGCGAAAGGAAAUCGAGAAAAUAAAUCACGACCUUCAAAACCAGUUAAAUCAAAUUAGAUCUACGAAACAAACGCCAGCACCCGACACCAAAAAAAGCAUCCCUACUCUCGCGGCGGAUAAGACGUUGGUUAAAGUGAACGGCAUAAAGAAGGGCAUUUCGAAUAAUAUUAUUGCUUAUAAUUCCGGCAAAUUAGGCAAUGUUAGUGUGUUGGCACCGAGCGGUAAGGAGGACAAAAAAACUACGAAGCAGCACCAUCUAAAGAAUGGUUACCAUAAGAAUGGUUUGUGCACUAACGGAGUGUCCAUCAAUUUCAAAAACAGUGUCUAUAGCGUCUUUGAAAAAUUAUUUAAAAGCGGUCAUCUAAUAGACGAGAAUGAAGUAUUCGAUAGUUUCACAAACGACUGCCCUAAAACUCCGACUAACGGCAAGGUGAUAGAUGAAUCUUUAUCCAACAGCCAGAUGUCUCUUUACAAUUACAUGGAAGCACUGAAGUCACACGAUACUUAAGCGAAAGGGGCGGAUUAAUCUGAAUUCUCGAAGUUACAAUAUAGGUCGAUAAAAUUUAGUUUGAUCUCAGGCUACAUGUACGUAGUAAAUGACAAAUGGAAAUAAAAU